AUGCUGCUUUACGAUUCAUCGUGGUUCAUCAGUUCGCUAUUCGGCGCCAUACUAACGACGUAUAUCCUCUACAAUGUUGACGAUGUCACCUAUGAAAGCCCGUUUCCCACUGUUGUCUAUUUGUAUUGUCGGGCCACUGGAUCUGGCACCAGCAAUUCUGACGCUGGAGCGGAAGUGAGGCCAACGUUUCGAACCCCGGCCAAGGCCCAAGCCGCCCCAACAGCUGAUAUGAGUGGAUUGCGCGCUAUGGCGCGAGCUUUUAUGGGUCCCGAUUCGGCACCUAGCCAACCAACGCUGGAAACCAGCGGGAUCCCCCGAUCCGAACCAACCACCGGAAGUCAAGCUGAACUUGGUGUGCUAAACCUUAACAACAUGGCUCGUCUUGCUCGCGCUUUCAUGGGUGGGUCGGAGGGUCGGCCAGCGGCAGGAGGAGCACGAACCUAUGCUCCGGAAGCGGUCAGCGAACCGGAGCCGGUGAUCCCUGCCAGCGAGUCGCGAGCGCUGGGUGUACCCGUUACGCCGGUUAAGGGCAGCGAGAUUAGUCCCGGUGCCGCAAAUAUGCAGACGUUGUCUCGACUGGCUCAAGUAUUCCUGGGAAGCGGAAACGAACGACCUGCCGCUGAAUCAUCCAGAUAUUUGGUCGAACCACAAGCUCAGGGUGUAGCUACAGCCACUUCUGAGCAGCGGGCAAUUGAUGGCUUCAGAAAUGUAGCCCAAGCUUUCAUGGGAGGUGCUAGAUCGGCAGCUACUGAAGCGGAGGCGGCUCCCGCAGCUGCUCGACAGCCAUAUGGUUUGCCGACAAUUCGUGAUUUCCUGCCGGGAGCCGGCAAUAAUUUUGGUCUACGGAAAGGGGAAGGUUGCCUUCCAUUCCUCUCUGAAGCCAUGCAAUUGGUAUACGGUAAUUGCCAACGUGAGGCCGAUCAGAAGGCGUUUGACGCUUGGGGUACCGAGAUCAAAUCGGCGCUUCUUGAGGGGCGAAUGGAUUUGUUGAGGGCUAGUAAGGAAACAUGCAAGCGCACCGUGGAAAGGCAGCAGUGUGGUGCUCUGAGGGAAGCUAUCUCAAAUUGUGAUAUUAUGGGUUCACUAAAGAUCAGCUCCCAAUUACAACGCGAAGUAAAGCGUUGCGAUGAAGUGAAUGGGCUAGUAGACCAGAAUCCGAUGGCCGUUAUUGGACAAGUCAGCCAGCUGAUGACCGGCGAAGUUGCCCAAGGCUUCUUCAGCAAUUUCCUCAAAGGA